UAAAUAUUAAAAACACUUAAAUAUGGGCAAUUGUUUUGGAUCGAACUCUGGAGGAGUUAUGGAUAUGGCCAAGGGAGCAAACAAUCUUGCCAAGGCUGGAGAGAAGAGCGAAGCAGAGAAGCAGUUUGAUGCGUUAGUGCAAGCAAUCGAAAAUUCUGAGAAAGAUGAUAGUUUUAUAUACUUUAAGUAUACAUCACUUGAGUCUGUGGAUAAAGUAGUGCUCGAUGCUCAGAGAAUUGUUAAUGACAUCUAUAAGAUCAGGAUUACACUCAAGAAAUCAAUGGAGAAGUUGAUUCAUAAGACUCAUAUCUGGGAAAUUAACGGGGCUAAUUCUUCACACGCCAUUGUGGCAAUGAUUUACUCUAUCUAUGCUCAAACUGAAAGAGAAGAGGCUGAAUCUUUAAUAGUUUUCAAAAAGAAGUUCCCAUUUGUUGGAAAGGGUAAAGACUCUAAAGUAGAGGGUGUUGCUACAAACAUGAAGAUUCUUUUUGAUUAUACAACUGCUAUGGAGACUGCAGGAGCUAAGAUGCCAAAGCUCGUUGAGGAGUGCAUAGAUUUAGCUAAGAAAGCUGUAAGCCUUGGGGAUAGCUAUAUGGAUGAACUUAAACAGGCAGAUCAAAAAGUAACCAUUAAAGCUGCUAAAUCAGUCCCACAUAACCUCAAAAUGCUUAAGAGAACUAAGCUGAUGGCUUUGACUACUAUGAAGAUCAUUAAGAAAUUGACUGUUGAGCUAACACUAGCUUCUAAGGUGCUUGUUGAAGAGAGAAAUGAUCUUCCAGAUUAUGGAAAAACUCUUGCUGAUGAAGGUAUUACAGAACCAUUGGAAUGCUAUAAGAAGGUUGGAAAGCCAGUCGAGCCUGUUGAUCCUCCUACUACAGAAGAGAGUCUUCUCGACUUUCCACACAUCGAGGAACAAAUAGAAGAGGUACCAGAAGAACUAGACGGAGAGCAGUUCGAAGAGGCUAAAGGAGGAAAUGCUGUUGAAGUUCAAGAAGAGGCAAAACUCAAUUCUGCUAAUAAUGCUCAAGCUCAUGAGAACCAAAAAGAGUCUGAUGAAGAGGAAGAGGAUACUAAGAAGGAAGAGACUGACGACAAAGACACUAAGAAAGAGGAUGAGAAUGAGGCCGAAGGAGAAGGAGAGCAUGAAGACAUAGACAAAAAUAACAUGGAAGCAGAUAAGGAUACGGCUAAAGAAGGCGAAACAAAGAAGGAAGCAGAUGAUGAAUAAAG